AUGGAGGAUGAUUUCGUUUCAAAACUUGAACAAGAUGURCAAUGUUCCUUGUGUAAUGAUAGACUCACUGAACCCAAGAUCUUGUCGUGUUUCCACACAUUUYGUAAGCCUUGUAUUAAAAGRMACGCCGAGCUGAYCGAGAAAGCGGUGAACGUCUUCAAGUGCCCUAAAUGYAAAUCACUWACUCCUCUGCCAGAUUUAAACAGCGUAGAAGAUCUAAAACCCAGUCUACUGCACUCAAGGAUGGUGAAGGUGUUGGAGUUUGUAGAAAGUGAGAAGRUUUGUUCUGUUUCUGGGAGYCAUCCACCAGCAUCUUGGCAUUGCUUUGAGUGUAAUCGCUCGUUGUGUGACGAAUGUGAGAAGAGCCAUUCAGUGUUUACAAAAGCUCACAAAACAACCCGCUUGAAUAACUUAAAGAAAGAAGAUGUUGCUUUGAUGCUGAGAGGAAACUACGGUCAUGAACACGAAGCAAUAUAUAACUUCUACUGCAACGAUUCAAAAGAGAACGGUGAACAAGCAAAAUUAGAGGUUCAAAAAACGGUCAAACGACUGAUAUCUUCGCUGGAAGAAAGCGAGAAAGAACUUGAGAGAGAAAUUGAAAAGAAAAUAAAAAAAGCAGAGCAAAAAGAAUCGAAAGGACAAGUUGUUGUAGGCAAGACUCUGAGCGUUUUGGAUUACGUAUGCAAAGUGAUGGAAAAUGGUAAUUUGAAUGAAAUGAAUGAAGCACUUAUAGACACUGCAGGCUAUGACAACAGUAUUGAUAACCCAAGUAGACAAGAGUCUCGCUUUAAGUUUGUUUGCAGCAAAGAGGUUCAUGCAUUAGGGAACUCAGGGAUUGGAAUUCUUAAACCGAUAUUAACAGACCCUGUUAUGAGUUUGAUAGAGGUAGAAUCUGAAGAUCUCGAAGCCCUGAAGAAAUCAGCUUUGGUCGUGUUAACAAAGACCACUACUGGAAAACUUAAUGCUGAUCCGGACGAUGUCGUGGACGUUAAAAUCACUCCUGAAGAUGGUGUGAAGAUAAAAUUGAAAAGGACGACUGAUGGUAAAAUAGAAGUGGAGUUCAUACCUAAAGUAGCUGGUCAACUGACAGCAGAGGUUCAAGUGAAUGGGAAUAAUGUAUCUAACAGUCCACUAGUGAUAAAUGUGAAGCCACAGAAGAUGGAAAUAACAAGUGAGUUUAAGAUGAAAGGUAUACAGACAACAUCUUCAGAUUUUACAGGGAUAGCAGUAAAUAAGGAAAACAGUAGAAUUGCCGUUGCAGAUAAAUCUUCACACUGUGUGUAUGUCUGUAACACUGAUGGCGAUCUCUUACUGACGUAUGGUAGUCGAGGUAACGGUCAGGAUCAGUUGGACAAUCCCCAUGGUUUAGCAUUUCUUAAUGAUACAGAUUUAGUCAUAGCAGACUUUGGUAAUAAUAGGAUAUGUAUAGUCAAUACCGACACAGGAACACUGAUAAGAUGCUUUGGNUAUUAA